AUGUUUCUCAUCUUUGCAGCAUUUUCGUCCUGCGUAACCUUUGCUUCUCCAGCUCCUGCUUCAUCGACGCUCUCGACAUCCACCACCUCCUCAUCCUCCUCAACAACCUCCCUCCUCCCCUUCGACGCCAAGCUAGGCACAAACUACACCCAACCCUCCUGCCUCGCCUUCCUCUCCUCCCUCCAACAGAAUGCCUCCUUCACAUCCUGCCUCCCCUUCUCCUUCCUCCUUACCUCAACCUCCUUCUUCAACAUCGAACGCGCGGGCGCAUUCGCGGUCAGCUCGGCACUCGAUCAAGUCUGCUCGGUUAAACCGGAUAAAUGCAGUGCGGUUCUGGGGGAGUUGGAGAAGGAGCUGGAGGUGGAGUGUGAGGUGGAUUUGGGGAGGAGGCAGCCGGUUGCGGUGGGGGUACAACAGGCGUUUCAGGCGUGGGAGGUGGAGUUUGUUACGGGGUGUUUGAAGGAUCCCACGACGGGGUCAUACUGCUUCUCAACAGCCAUAACAUUCACCUCUCCAGCGGACUCCUACCUCUACUUCCUCCCCCUCGGCUCGACAUACCCCGGCGGUGCAAGACCCACGUGUUCGAAUUGUACGUUGAUGGUUGUGGAGACGUAUGAUAGUUAUGAGGUGCAGGGUGUGGAUACGGUGAAAGGGGUUAUUGGGAUUGGAUGUGGGGAUGCGUUUUUGGAUGAGGCGGGGAGUGAGAGUGGGAUGGGGAGGUAUUCGGUUGGUGGGGUGGGAAGAGUGGAGGUUAGGGGACUUUGGGCAAUUGCAUUGGCGAUGUUUAUUCGAGGGUAUCUCUGGUUUUGA